CAAAUUAGAAAAAGUAAAAUGUCACUUUCCGCUAAAGUGGUCACGCGGGUUUUUCAAUUGAAUUUGCGAAAUAAUGUAUCAAAUAUUAGACAAAGAACAUGUUCAGUCAUUUUACAAAAACCUAGACAUUAUUAUGAUACCAUUUUUAGGUCAAAACUGUUUGAUACAAACCAAUAUUUUUAUCCCAACAUGUCAACAAACAUUGCAGCAGCGGAACGUAAAAUCAGAGCCAUGGGUGCCUUGAGUCCUCUUGAUCCGUCUUCAUUCUCGCGGCCUGAGCAAGCGAUUAUAAGACAUAUAUCGCUCAAUUUGAACGUUGACUUUGCGAAGCACGUUCUACAGGGAUACGCUAAGAUUGACUUCGAUAUCUUGGAAGAUAUUAACAGUCUGAUACUAGAUGCCAGCAACCUUUCAAUAUCAUCUAUCGAAGCGGACGAUGGCUCGCAACUACAGUACAAAUUGGGAGAACAUGUGCCCAACAUGGGGUCCAAACUCACUAUAUUGUUGCCAAAACAGCAUACUGCUGGAGAAAAGCUAAAAGUUAAAAUAACAUACUCUACUGACCCUCAAGCGUCUGCCUUGCAAUGGCUGGAACCGGAACAGACGUCUGGCAAGAAACACCCAUACCUCUUCAGUCAAUGUCAGCCGAUCCACGCUAGAUCCAUCCUGCCCUGCCAAGAUACUCCUGCCGUGAAGUUUACCUACGAUGCGGAAGUCACUGCUCCUGAGGAGUUUACAGUGCUGAUGAGUGCGUUGAGAGGAGAGGCCAGGAGUAACAGGACUACGUUCAGGCAACCCAUGCCACUGCCUUCGUACCUGGUGGCUAUUGCCGUUGGAGUACUCGAAUCCAGGACGCUUGGACCAAGAUCGCGAGUGUGGUCAGAGAAAGAAGAGAUUGAGCGCAGUGCGUGGGAGUUCGCGGAGACUGAGAAGUACCUCCAAGCGGCUGAGAAGCUGUGUGGACCGUAUGAGUGGUCGGAGUAUGACCUCUUAGUGCUACCUCCCUCCUUCCCCUAUGGAGGCAUGGAGAACCCUUGCUUGACCUUCGUUACGCCUACGCUUUUGGCGGGCGACAGGAGCCAAGCUGAUGUCAUAGUCCAUGAGAUAAUGCACAGUUGGACAGGCAACUUGGUCACUAACAGGAACUUUGAGCAUUUCUGGUUGAAUGAGGGUUUCACCGUGUUCCUGGAGAGGAAGGUCGGGGCCUCACUCAUCAAUGACUCCGUUGAGGCCAAGAGGAGCCGAGACUUCCAGAGCUUGCUUGGUUUACAAGAGCUCAGUGAAGCGAUCAAUGAUGUUCUUGGCUCUUCGAACCCGCUGACGAAGCUGGUGGUAGACCUAAACGGAGUACACCCUGAUGAUGCGUUUUCUACGGUUCCAUAUGAGAAAGGAUCUCUGUUUUUGAGGUAUUUGGAGAAUCUUGUCGGUGGACCUGCGGUAUUCGAUGACUUCCUCCGUGCCUACCUGACGAAGUUCAGAAAGAAGUCCCUGGACACAGACCAGUUCAAGGCGUUCCUGCUGGAGUACUUCAAGGACAACCAGGCCAUCAAGCAAGUGGACUGGGACUCCUGGCUACACAAGAGUGGGAUGCCGCCGAUAAUUCCUGACUACGACACUACAAUGACGAAAGCAAUAUCGGCGCUGCUCGUCAAGAUUGAUGACUCGAACGCUUCCCUUUCAUACGAGGACGUGGCCAACUUUACUCCUCACCAGAUGAUCCACAUGCUGCAGCAACUCAUUGACAGACCAGCGCUACCUAUCGAAAGACUCACCGCACUCGGCAAGGAGUACAAAGUUAAUGGCAACAAGAAUACUGAGAUUUUGUAUAGAUGGCUGAGACUGUGCAUAAGAAGCCGAGACGACACCAAACUCCAGGAAGUGUUCCAGUUCGUGAACAGCCAAGGUCGCAUGAAGUACGUUCGUCCAGUUUACCGAGACCUCUAUGCCUGGGAGGACGUCAGGGAACGAGCCAUCGACAAUUUCAUCAAAAACGAAAAGUAUAUGAUGCACGUGUCUGCUUACACCCUCAGAAAGGACCUCCACCUUGACGAGAAGACGAAAAAUACUGAAUAGUAUAUUUUUACAUAUUGUAUUAUGUAAGAUAGUGUAACUAUAAUUUUAUGCCAUAAUAUUGAUUUCAAUAA